CGUGUUCUGACGUCAGGCGGCUGCGUCCAGCUGAAAGUUGUGUGUGUUUGAGCGCAGUGAUACUGAACCGGCUCAGAGUCAGAGCAUACAAACCCGAACCCAGGCCGAACCAGAGCCCGAGCCGCGGCUCCAGGCGCGCUGCUGAUCACCGGGACCCGCUCACACUCUGACCCAGCCCUCACUCACAACAGAGCCGCAGCAGAACCAGAGCUGAAGCCCCGGAGCUCUGCAGCAGCAGCAGCAGUAGCAGCAGUCAGGGUCCAGCAGGAGCAGCAGCAUGGCCGGCUCACUGUUCCACCACAGCCCCAUCGCCACCGGUCUGCUGGUCAACCUGCUCUCCUCCAUCUGCAUCGUCUUCCUCAACAAAUGGAUCUACCUGCACUACGGCUUCCCCAACAUCACCCUCACCCUGGUGCACUUCGUGGUCACCUGGCUGGGGCUGGUCAUGUGCCACCAGAUGGACAUCUUCAGCCCCAAGACCCUCAGACCCACCAAGAUCAUCCUGCUGGCCCUCAGCUUCUGCGGCUUCGUGGCCUUUACUAACCUGUCCCUCCAGAACAACACCAUCGGAACCUACCAGCUGAUCAAAGCCAUGACCACCCCAGUGAUCAUCAUCAUCCAGACCGUCUACUACAGGAAGACCUUCUCCCUCAAGAUCAAACUCACACUGGUGCCCAUCACUCUGGGGGUGAUACUGAACUCGUAUUAUGAUGUGAAGUUUAAUUUUUUGGGGAUCGUCUUCGCUACGCUGGGAGUGUUUGUCACCUCGCUGUAUCAGGUGUGGGUGGGGGCGAAGCAGCAUGAGCUGCAGGUGAACUCCAUGCAGCUGCUGUAUUAUCAGGCCCCCAUGUCCUCCGCUUUCCUCCUCGUCAUCGUCCCGUUCUUCGAACCUAUCACUGGAGAGGGGGGCAUAUUCGGCCCCUGGUCUAUACAGGCUGUGGUGAUGGUGUUAUUGUCGGGGGUUGUUGCAUUCCUGGUGAAUCUGUCUAUAUAUUGGAUCAUCGGGAACACGUCUCCAGUCACCUACAACAUGUUUGGACACUUUAAGUUCUGCAUCACGCUGCUGGGAGGCUACUUCCUGUUCCACGACCCACUCUCUCUGCACCAGGGCCUGGGCAUCCUCUGCACCCUCAGCGGCAUCCUCGCCUACACACACUUCAAGCUGGCCGAGCAGGAGGAGGGGAAGAGCAGGCUGGCCCAGCGGCCGUAACGCCGCCUGGGAUGAGCCGGGGACGCUCUGACCGGCGAUGUGCACGAGUUUCAGCAGCGCCUGCUGGACCCAGAGACAAAAACAUGGACCAGAACCCAAAUACUGGGACGCUUCAGCUGCUGGAAAAACAGUUUACAAGUACAGGAGGAGGAGGAGGAGGUUCAGAUAGAGAGAGGCUGAAGGUCUGAUUACACCUUCAGUAAGAGGUGAUUUUACAUUUCAGAAAAUAGUUUAUUUUGUAUUAAUGAGAAUCGAGAAUUGAGAAAUGUCUGCUUUAAAUGUGAAAUGGUACACUUUAUGUCUGGAAGUAUCCAGACACCCCUUCUAAAAAGUAUCUUACAGUUUAUAAAGUACAAUCUCUAUAGAAAAGUACUGACCAAUAGAAUGGAAUGCUCUAAAUUCUUCAGUCUAAAACUGCGUUUUAGGGACUGUAGGAAAAAGACUGGAAAAAUGUUUAUUUAUCUUUCUGUUGUUAUAUCAACAGUAAAAAAAUAUUUAUACAGAUAUAUAUUUCAUCGUUGAGAGACGAGAUGAAUAGAUUUAUUCAUUGUUCAUUUUGUCCGGUAUUUUUCAUACUGUCCUUAAAGUGCCUACAUUUCAGAAUAUACAGGGGUUCGAUAAUGAAACUGAAACUGAACUGGUUUCAAACCACAAUAAUUUAUUGUCCUGACGGACAGUUCUGGUGGAAACAGAAGAGUUGAGGUGCACAUUGAAUUCUGUCAUGAUUUGAGCAGCCGUGGUUUUAUGUUUUUUGGAUACAAUCCGGGUUAGCACCUGAACAUCCCUUUCAGACAGCUUCCUCUUGCGUCCACAGUUAAUCCUGUUGGAUGUGGUUUGUCCUUCUUGGUGGUAUGCUAAAAUUACCCUGCUUACCGUGGCUCUUGAUACAUCACAAAGACUUGCUGUCUUGGUCACAGAUGCGCCAGCAAGACGUGCACCAACAAUUUGUCUUCUUUAGUCCUCUUUUGAACUCUGGUAUGUCACACAUAAUGUUGUGUGCAUUGUAAUAUAUUGAGCAAAACUGUGCUCUUACCCUGCUAAUUGAACCGUCACACUCUGCUCUUACUGGUACAAUGUACAAUUAAUGAAGAUUGGCCACCAGGCUGCUCCAAUUUAGCCAAAAAACCUCCCACACUAAAAUGACAGGUGUUUCAGUUUCAUUGUUCAACCCCUGUAGUUUAUUUUGUAAUAUUGAAUAUCAAAAUAUUGUGCUGUAAAUGUGCAAUGGUACACUUUAUGUCCGGAAGUAUCCGGACACCGUCUUUUUAAUAACACAGUUUGUAGAAAAUAAUCUCUAUACAGAAGCACUGACCAAUAAAGAACAGGACUCUCUGGAGCCCUAAGUUCAUCAUACCUAAUGCCAAGAGCAGGCCAGAGGGGUAUAAAGCUCCCCAGCAUUGAGGUAAAGUGGUCAUCUGGAGUGAUGAUGGAGCUCCAUUCAAUACUUAAUAUAAAACAGGGGUUCUUAACCUGGGCUCAGCAACGCCCAAGAGGUCCUGACACCAUCGUUUGAGGGUUGCUGAGCUUUUAUUUGACUACAUUUGUAUACGAUUAUAUUGGUAACAUAUUAAUAAAAAAAUAAGGGUACAUCAAAUAGCAGUACUUACAACAAUAAUAAACAUUUGUUAAAAAGUUCAACAAUGCCUCAACUAUGUUUUAACUGAUACUAAUUAAGACAUUUUUUAUUAGUUUUUUCUUGUGAUUAAUAAUGCCUUAACUAGUGCCAAUUAAUAAUUAAUUGAUGCAUUCUGUCAUGAGUAUUGUUAAUGUACCCUUUUUGUAAUGUUUUACCAUUAUAUUUGACCAAGAUAAAGAUUAAGACAUGAUAUAGCCACCGAGUGGCACUUUAGGGACUGUAAGAUAAUAUAGGAAAAAAAUAUGUAAUUUAACUCUCUCAAAAUGUGACUUAAUGAUGUCAAACCAACAGUAAAAUAUAUGUUAAUUUUAUAUUAGUUUACUGUGGAUGUGACAUCACAAGGUCACAUUUUGCCAAAGUUAAAUAGAUUUAUUCAUUACUUAUUUUACCACGGUCCCUAAAGUGCUGCACAAAGUGCUGUCUUGGUAAAAUAUUAAUAUAAUCAUAUAGAUGUUAAGAUCAGUAAAAUAAUCACAAAUUGCAGUAAUUAUUAUUACUUAAUAUUAGUGACAGGUUGAGGAUUUAUUUUUUUAGUUUUUUAUCAUUUGAAAGCAAAUCUGCAGCUGACUGUUCCAGACAUGAGACUUAACUCACCUCAGCCCUGCACUGCCUGUCAGCUAGUCCUCUUUUUGUUUGUUUUUGGUGGGGUUAGUUCAUGUGUCUGGGUGGUGAGUUUAAGACAUUUUUUUUAAAUUAUAAAAUAUAUACAAUUGCAAAAUAUGAUUCAUCCAAAAAAAGACGUCAUACAGUAAAAAAAGGUUAAGAACCCCUGAUUUAAACUAACCAUUCACAUCCGUACCUGACCUCCCUGAUGCUCUUAUGUGGCUGAAUGCAAUCAAAUCCUCCUCACAGCAAUGAGGUCCAACGCCCUCUCAGAGGAGUAGAGGCUGUAACUGUAUUAAAGUGCAACAAGCUGCCUAUUAAAUACCUUUGUUUUCAGAAGUUCUGCAAUACUGAGCUAGUGUCAUACAUUUAGUGGAGCAUGUCAAAAGUCAUAGGACAGAAACUAUUAUAGUGUCCCUUGACAUUUUACAUGUCCCAUUGAAGUUAAAGAAAGCUGCACUGACCUGUGGGAUAUGUGGGCGGGGUCUACAGCGAUUGAAUGUGGAUGUGAAAUCUGGAGUCGCUUUCAGUCUGUUCACACAGACAAUUCCAGCCAAACGCUGCUGUCACCAUCAUUACCACCCACUGCACUGUCCACUGUGGAUGGUAAUAUUAUUAUAUAAUUACCACCCACAUUAUUGAAUAUGGUGAUUAUCCAACAUCUAGAUCUCAUUAACACUUUGAAUGCUGGUGAAUGCAAUCAAAUCCUCACAGCAAUUUUUUCUACUAAAAUCUAGUAGAAAAUCUUUUCUGAACAGUAGAGACAGUUACUCCAACAAAAGCAGGUUAAACUUGUUUUAAUACCCUUGAUUUCAGAAGAAAGAAAGUAUAAAUAAAAAUGAAUUUUUCCAUGUGACAUUUGGUUAAAAAACUUGAUUGGGCAAAACAUGAUUGGACAUGCCUUACAUAUGCAUACAUAUCUAUAUAUAAUUAUCUAUAUAUACAGUACGAAUCCAAGGUUUGGAAACCUCUUCUCAUUCAAUGUUAUUCUUCGUUUUUUAUUUAAUUUAUUUUCUACAUUGUAGAUUAAAUAAGAAAGCAAUUAAGGGACACAUAUGGAAUUCGGUAGGAAAUGAAAACAUUGUUUCAAAAAUUGUCCUCUACUAUCCCCUGUUCUAAACCUGAUCAACUGAGAUCGUGAUUUGGGAUGAGCUGGAGCUUCACAGUGUAAAGAAAAAGCAGCAACUAUUGUUCACCACCUCCAGGAACUCCUUCAAGACACUGAGAAAACUAUUCCGGGUGACUCUCCCUCAUGAAGACACUGAAAUUAAAAUACCAAGAGUGUGCAGAUCUGUCCUCGAAGCUAAAUGUGGUAGAAUUUAAAGUAUUAAGCAUAAAUAUAUUCAGGUUUGUUUAACAUCUUCUAAUAUUACAUAAUUCUGCAUGUGUUCUGGUAUAGCUUUAAUAUCUUCAAUAUUAAAUUUACAAUGUAGAAAAUUCAUAAAAAGAAAGAAAACACAUUGAAUGAGCAGAGCUGCGAGACCUAAUUUAAAGUUAUUGAUCUUUAUAAUUUUUUUUAAUCAAAUUUUUGUACAAGUUCCCUCCGUUACACAGUUGUGUGGUUGUUUAAGUUCUCCUCCAUGUUGCUUCACUGUUGCACACUGGACAGGGUGGAGUCAUGUGACUUUACACACACAUACACCAAUCAAGCAUAACAGUAUGACCACCUUUUUGUUUUUACACCAAUUCUGUAAUUAUUGUAAAACCAGAUAAUGGGUGAAAUAAGGAGGUGGCCAUAUUGUUUUUGGUUUGGUAAUGUUUAAUAGAUUGGUGUACUUUUGUUCUUUUUAGGUUCUAUUAAAAAAAAUGUCAGACCAUUUUUUUUUCUCUUUUUUUUUCUCAAUUUCUUGUUUACAUAGCUUUUAAUAAAUUUUUGACGCGAAUAAAUGAAGACAUUGCUGUGUACCUGCUAAGACAGUGUCCUGUGAUAGUCCUGUCCUAAACUGCAGAAGCACAGACCAGAUAUUGAACAUGUAUUAGCUGAUCGAUUGCAUCUGUGAACAGUCAAAUACAUCUUACGAUCUUUCUGCAAAAUUAUGCGUUGUACAUUUCAAAUCUAGUAUUUUUGCAUUAUUCAGUAUUCAAAUUAAAAAAAGAAAACUA